UUUGAAGGCAAAAUCCGAAAACCGGAAGUCUUAUUGUUGCUACGGAAUCUUUAAUGUUGCCAGCAUGACGCUAAUUACUUUCUUAUUUUGUCCAGCCUCAGCUCUUUGUUUGAUAAGUCAAACGCAUCACUUCCUGUGCGCAGGAUAACAUAUCCCGCCACUGCGAGAGCCGACCACUUUUUUCCUUAGGAGCGGCACACGUUCUACAGAGGUUUUUCAGAUGCGGGUCUGGGAACAUCUGAUAUAGUAGGAAUUCAUCCACCAUCCAGAUUAGGAGAACAGCGAUGUGUCAAUGCAAAAAUUUUUACGUCAGCUUUAACUGGUAAAAAAUGACAAGUUUAGUGCAAGGUAUAACCUUUUACUCUUUGUCGCAGCCAUGUACAGCAAUCAACCAUUAGUGCCUGGUAACAAUAAAAUACAAGGUUAUCAGGUCAAUUAACUCAGUUCAUCGCGAAAAUAUUUCAAAACGUUUUAUAGCCGAUUGAACAUGGGACAAUUCAACUUUAAGCAAUUUGAAGAUGUAUGAAAGCUAGUUUUUUGUCGCAAUUACCUUUUAUUCAGUAACAGGAGUGGUUCUGCAAUCAUCAAACUCUUGGCAGUAUUCUUUGAGAAUCUUUGCCAAUCCUUUACUACAGACAUAUUGAGCUAUUGCUUGUUUUGGGGGGGUUACUGACUUCUGUCUCCUCUUCAGUUAGUAAAAUGCAUGUUGAAUCAGAUUUAAAUCUACCUGAACUCCUUGGUUGCAUUGGCAUUAGGUUCCUCUAAUUAAAUUCCUUUUUUUUUUAAGCAUCCCAUUGCUUGUUUCCUUUAGUAAUAAAGGAUGUUUGUAUGACAAGACAACAUUUUUAAUUUGGGAAUUUUGAAAAUGACAGGAGAUAAUAAUGGAAAUUAUACAGGAUCUUUAGAAUUGUCUUUUUUGGCAGGCCUAAUUGCCACUGGCCUCUGGGGAAUAAAAGCUGUGCUUCCCCACCGGAAACCUGUCUCCAUUGGUUGAAUCGAUGAGGCUUUCCAGCCAAUUGAGUUGCAAAAAGGCUUUUUCGAGGCCUCAUUCACGUGGUGUACACUGAUGGAACCUGGAUGGAAUAAUUCACAGCAGCCAAAUUAUCAUUGGCUCAAAAUGAAGCGUCACAAUCGCCAACCUCAAGAAGGUCACCCAUGUCAAUUGCAUCAAUCGCAGCGGCCUAACGUCACAAUCAUUACUAUAGCCUAUCUUAGAUAAUGUCUGUUUUAGUGUUCAUUAAAACAAAAAACUGUCCAUAGUUUGUUUAGGCUCACGCAAUAAAGUUAUUUACAUGGGAGUAAAUUAAUUCUCUACAGUUUGCUCACUUCACAUCUAUCCUCCUCCAAAACUUUGUAGCUGGAAUGCAUAAUAGAAAAAUAUGUACCACUCAAUUUUCAUUCCCAGUUUUUUGUCCCAACCCCACUUUGAAAUAAGACACGAGUUUGACGUUAGUCAGAGAGAUAGAAGGGUUGUCUGACAAAUUAACGCUGACCAAGGUUGACUUUUGCCAAAUGAACACCACAAGUACUGUAUGAUCAAGUGUUGUCUGUUUGACACCACCACACUGGGAAGACAUAAGCUUUAGAAUUACACAACUGUCAAUAUGUGACUUAUAUGUAGCUAACCUUUUGUAUGAAUUAUAGUAUCUAACCGGAGAGAGUGAAGUCUUUGGUUUCCUGGUGUCCAUGAAUUGACCAACUCACGAUGCCAACAUUACACGUUAAAGAUCUCAGGAUGAAAUGGGAGAGAAUUGCAUCUCCUCCUUCCAGCAGUGAAAGGUCAGUGGGAAUCCCCCCCCCAUUCAAGAGAGACACCUGGACCCCUGAACUUGGAGGGAUCAAAAUGGAGAGAAUGGUGUCUCCUGCUCCCAGCUGUCUGUCAAUGAAGAGUGACAAAUCAAUGGGAAUCCCCCCCCAAUUCAACAGACACACCUUGACCCCUGACCUGAGAGGGAUAAAACAGGAGAGAGCAGAUUCUCCUGCUCCCAGCUGUCUGUCAAUGAAGAGUGACAAAUCAAUGGGAAUCCCCCCCCAAUUCAACAGAGACACCUGGACCCCUGACCUGAGUCCCAGUCUGCUGACUAAGCAUCAGUUCGGGUGUUCUGUGUGUUCAGAGGUUCUGAGGGACCCGGUCUCUAUUCCCUGUGGACACAGUUACUGCAGGCAGUGCAUCAGUACAUACUGGGCCCAUCCUGGUCCUGCAGGAGACUAUAUGUGUCCCCAGUGCAGUAGGAGAUCCAGAACCCGACCUGAACUCUACACCAACUCAGCCUUGGCCAGGGUGAUCCAGAAGCUCCAGAGAACAGGUUUCAGUCCAGCCCUCCCUGCCCUGGUAUAUGCUGGGCCUGGGGACUUGGCUUGUGAUAUCUGCUCUGGAAAGAAGCUCAGAGCCGUCAAGUCCUGUCUGACCUGCACUGCCUCCUACUGUGAGAGCCACAUCAGACAGCAUUACACGGUCCCAGCACUGCAGAACCACACACUGGCAGAGGUCACUGGAGGUCACUACAGUGGCAAAACUGGGAAGACCAAGAGGAUCAAAGAGGAGGGUGAGACUGAGGAUGAUGAAGACAAGGAGAAUGUUUGUAAAAAAAUAAAGAUGGCUGUUAAGGAGGAGGAUGUGAAGAUUGCUGAUCUAAUGAGGAUAAUCCGUGAGCUUAAGGAAAAUAACUUGGAACUGAAGAACAUUUCAGAACACCUGGAGCAGGAGAACUCUGUACUGAAGAAGAACUUUAUAGACCUGGAGCAAGAGAACUCUGUACUGAAGAAGAACUAUAUAGACCUGGAGCAGGAGAACUCUGUACUGAAGAAGAACUAUAUAGACCUGGAGCAGGAGAACUCUGUACUGAAGAAGAACUUUAUAGACCUGAAACAGGAGAACUUUGUACUGAAGAGGAUCUCUAUAGACCUGGAGCAGGGGAACUCUGUUCUGAAGAAGAUCUCUAAAGACCUGGAGCAGGAGAUCUCUGUACUGAAGAAGAACUCUAUAGACCUGAAACAGGAGAAUUCUUUACUGAAGAGGAUCUCGAAAGACCUGGAGCUGGUGAACUCUGUACUGAAGAAAUUCUGUUAUAACCUGGAACAAUGUUGCCUUGAAUUAUACUUAAACAUCGAGCAGGAGAAUUCUAACCUCAAACAUCAGAACAGUAAUCUGAUUAAAGAGGUUGCUGAGUCCACAAUCAAUAUAAACCUAAUGCAUUUCAGAACUACUGACCUGUUAUCUGCACUUAGAGCAGACCUGGGCCACAUCUGGCCCUUUGUACAUCCCUCGUAUUACGUGGGAUAACUGCAGACUUUCAAAUCACGGAGGAGUUGGCAGCCAUGCAGUCAAUGAAAGGGACAACCACUGGUAAUGACUUGUUCCCCUUAGGUAAAUGCAUGUUAGGACUGAAAUGGGACAAGCUGGCAGGUGUGACAACAGACGGUUGUCCAAAUCUGACUGGGAAAAAUGUUGGACUUUUAAAGAGAAUGCAGGAUAAAGUGACAGAAAUGAACCCUUUGCAGAAAUUGACAUUUUUGCAUUGUAUUAUAGAUCAGGAAGUGUUAUGUAAGACAAUGUUAAAAAUGAACCAUGUUGUUGAUGCUGUAACUUAAACAGUUAACUUCAUCUGAGCGAAGUUCAGGUCAGUCUCACUUCAGGUCAGUCUCACUGCUGGACUUUUACUCCUUCCUCAAAGAGGAGAACUUUCCACACCUGAGGAGGCAUGCUCAGAGGAUUCUAGUCCUCUUUGGAUCUACCUAUAUAUGUGAACAGACAUUUUCAGUGAUGAAGUUCAACAAAUCCAAACACAGAUCCUCUAUCACUGAUGACCACCUUUCAGCUGUCCUUCGCAUAGCCACCUCAGAC